AUGGGAUACAGGGGCCUGCUCUGGGAUCUGGAGUUUCAUGGAGUAAUGAGAUUCUACUUUCAAGACAAAGCAGCUGGAAAUUUUGCAACAAAAUGUAUUCGUGUCUCUAGUACUGCCACAACUCAAGAUGUGAUAGAAACUCUUGCAGAGAAGUUUCGACCAGACAUGCGAAUGUUGUCAUCCCCUAAAUACUCGCUUUAUGAGGUGCAUGUCAGGGGAGAAGAAAGAAGAUUAGAUGUAGAUGAGAAGCCUCUUGUUGUACAAUUAAACUGGAACAAAGAUGAUCGAGAGGGAAGAUUUGUUCUCAAGAAUGAAAAUGAUACACUUCCUCCAAAGAAGGCUCAGAGUAAUGGCCCUGAAAAACAAGAAAAAGAGGGAGUAAUUCAGAAUUUCAAACGAACUCUCUCAAAAAAAGAAAAAAAAGAAAAAAAGAGGCGUGAAAAAGAGGCGUUGCGACAAGCUUCAGAUAAAGAUGAUAGACUUCUUCAUGGGGAUGAUAUUGAGAAUUCUCGCCUUGCAGCUGAGGUUUACAAAGAUAUGCCUGAGACCAGCUUCACUCGCACAAUAUCCAAUCCCGAGGUAGUUAUGAAACGGCGGCGACAGCAAAAACUAGAGAAGAGAAUGCAGGAAUUCCGCAGUUCUGAUGGCAGACCAGACUCAGGUGGGACACUGAGAAUUUAUGCAGAUAGUUUAAAACCAAAUAUACCGUACAAGACAAUCCUGCUGUCCACUACGGAUACUGCAGACUUUGCAGUUAUUGAAGCACUGGAAAAAUACGGUCUGGAGAAGGAAAAUCCCAAGGAUUAUUGUAUUGCUCGU